AUGAGAGGCCCGACAGUUCUCAAGGCCGAAGAUGAUAAGACGAGGCAGUUGAACAAGCACACACUCAUGGCUUUCUCCGGAGAGUCUGGAGAUACCGUCCAAUUCGCCGAAUACAUCCAAGCCAACGCCGCGCUCUACAGUAUGCGUAACGACACCGAACUCAGCCCCUCUGCGGUCGCCAAUUUCGUGCGAGGAGAACUGGCGCGCAGCCUACGAUCACGGAGCCCUUACACAGUAAACCUGCUGCUUGGUGGUAUAGAUCCCGUCAGCGAGAAGCCUCAUCUGUACUGGGUCGACUACCUUGCGUCAUUGGCGCCCCUCCCAUAUGCCGCUCAUGGCUACGCACAAUACUACUGUCUUUCCAUUCUCGACAAACACCACAACCCCGACAUCUCGCUCGAGGAGGGUCUCAAGCUCCUCGGUCUGUGCACAGAUGAGCUGAAGCGCCGACUACCCAUUGAUUACAAGGGCGUCCUGGUGAAGGUGGUGACGAAGGAUGGCGUGCAAGAGAUUCCUUUCGAUAACGAUAAGAUUGUUCGGAGUGCUUAA